GCUGCAGCCCCUCAUGCCUUGUCUCUGGCCCUCCAGUUCCUGCGCGUCACCAAGCAGUACCUCCCACACGUGGCCCGCCUGUGCCUGAUCAGCACCUUCCUGGAGGACGGCAUCCGCAUGUGGUUCCAGUGGGGCGAGCAGCGAGACUACAUCGACACCACCUGGAGCUGCGGCUACCUGCUGGCCUCGUCCUUCGUGUUCCUUAACCUGCUGGGACAACUGACUGGCUGUGUCCUGGUGUUGAGCAGGAACUUUGUGCAAUAUGCCUGCUUCGGGCUUUUUGGAAUCAUAGCGCUGCAGACGGUCGCCUACAGCAUUUUGUGGGACUUGAAGUUCUUGAUGAGGAACCUGGCCCUGGGAGGGGGCUUGCUGCUGCUCCUGGCAGAGUCCCGCUCAGAAGGGAGGAGUAUGUUCGCGGGCGUCCCCACCAUGCGGGAGAGCUCCCCCAAGCAGUACAUGCAGCUGGGGGGGCGUGUGCUGCUGGUCCUGAUGUUCAUGACCCUGCUGCACCUGGACGCCAGCUUCUUUUCCAUCGUCCAGAACAUCGUAGGCACGGCGCUGAUGAUCUUGGUGGCCAUCGGUUUUAAAACCAAGUUGGCAGCUUUGACUCUUGUCAUCUGGCUGUUUGCCGUCAACGUGUACGUCAACGCUUUCUGGACCAUCCCCGCCUAUAAGCCCAUGCACGACUUCCUGAAGUACGACUUCUUCCAGACCAUGUCGGUGAUCGGGGGCCUGCUCCUGGUGGUGGCCCUGGGCCCUGGGGGCGUCUCCAUGGAUGAGAAGAAGAAGGAGUGGUGACAGGCAGGCCCCUGAGCUUCCUGGCCAAGACCCGCCGUCAGCAUGGGCUCAGGGCGGAGCUGAGGAGCUGCCGGCGUUGUCCUCUCCCUCCCCUCCCUUGGUAAAGGCACCGAUGUUCUGAGAACUUUAUUUGCAGACACCUGAGAACCGCUGGGAAAGUCUGCUCUGGAGCCAGUCUGGUACUGACUGCCGAGUGCUGGCUAGCUGGAUGGGCGCUCAGUCCCCCAGCCCAGGCUUGGAGCGCGCGGCGGGGCAGCUUGUGGCCCUCACCCGUUCUGAGUCUUUUCUGGGGUGAGGGCCUUCCAGCUGUACUGAGCAGGCACAUUUAGCAUUCAGAGCAGUCUCGCUGGUUCCUUCAGUUUACAUUCUUUGCUCCAACUACACGAAUCCGAUGGUCACCCGACUUUUCCCACCAGUUAAGCUCCCUGGCUUAGAAUCAUACCAGUGGCCUCGGCACCUUUUCUGCCCUCCUGUGUAGUUACUUUAAGCUCAGCCACUGAGGACCUCUUAAGAACUCCAGAGCCAGGGAGCGGCACAGUAUUGGAGGGCGACUGAGGCCGCUGAUGACAGUAACACAUUCACAUGCUCAGCUGGGACUGGCCCUGGGUGACAGAUACCUGGAGAUGUCGUGGCUCGCGGCACGGGCCACGAGUCCUUGGGGAGCUGCUGCCCAGGGGCCAGGAGGGCAGUCAGGAGGCUGCACAGGAUGGCCAAGCCCACCAUCAAAUCGGUGUGCAGAGCAGUGGCCCCACUGGACUCAGCCAUUACCUCACUUGACCUUCAGAGCCAGGCCUGGACACCCCAGCGGCCAAGUCGCUGUCCCUGAGGCUGUCGCUUGCUCCAGCUUCGUCCACGAUUGUCUCAGUUUGUUAUGCCUUACCGAUUUGGUCUCAAUCCUGUAUUUAAAAGUUUUCUAACAUUGCCUUACA